AUUUCGUUAUAUUUUUUUCUUAUUAUGUUCGAAUAAUGUUUUCCAUUAUAUGAAUGCAUUGAGUAAGAAAAAUGUCAAAAACAUCCUCGAUUUCCGAGGAGGGGAGUCCGAGAUCAUUGCUUGAUUUCCAAAUACAUUAAAAUGGAUGUACCGAAAAACGAGCAUUUAGUUGAUACGUGUGAAAAAAUUUACGGUGACGAGUGUAGAAUCUGUUUAAAUAGAACCAUUGAAUUUUGUGAAUUAUUUAAAAAUGGGGACACUAUUCCGCGUAAACUUAUGGCCGUUGCUUCUGUACAGGUGGCAGAAGGUGAUGGUUUACCUCCGGUGAUUUGUAUACCUUGCAAUCAACGAUUGGAUGCAUCUUAUGAUUUUAAAUGUCAGAUACAAAAUUCAGAUGAGAAACUUCGUCAAGUUUUAAAAUUAAAAUCUUCUGAUUCAGUUAAUAGUACCAGCAUAGUUACAGCAAUAAUUGCUGAUGUGAUAUCUAAUGUAAUAUCUUCUGAGAAAGAAAACUUGGUUAAACCAGAAACUUGUUCUCCAAAUUUUUGUUCUGAUAAUUUUUGUUUUACAAAGGAUGAUUCUUUUUGUCUUAGUUCGGAAAAAGAUUUAGUAUGUCAUGAAAAACAAUCACAAAGUCAAUUAACCAAUAAGGAUCAAAAGAAAAGCACAGAAAAUGUAAAUAUUUAUAAGAGUUUAUUAGAAGAAGAUUCUAUAAAACAAAGUAAUUCAGUUGAGCAGCAAGAAUUGUCUUUAUUGGAUGAGCCUGAAGUGCAAAACAAAGAUACUGCGAUAAAAGUUGUAAAUAAUGAUGAAGUAUCUGAAAAUCAACAAAUGUUAGAAGAAACAUUGAAAAUAGAUAGUACUCAAGACGACGAAGAAAAGCCUUUAAUUGUACGUGCUAAUAGAUUACGUUGUACACAGUGUAUUAAGUCUUUUCGUACAAAAGUGGCCUUGCAGAGACAUACUAUUGUACAUAAGCGUAAGACUAAGUUACGGUAUGUCUGUUACGUUUGUGAUAAACAGUAUUCAACACUUGCAAAGGCAAAAAGUCAUGUAGCAGUUUGUCGUGAAGCUCAUAACAAGAAGGAAAAUAUUGAUGAUAAAAGAAUCACUUAUGAGCAGGAGAAAGAAAUUACAGAUUUACAAGACAAAAGGUUUAAUAAUAUUCCAGAUAAAAGAACAAAAAUUCAGAAAAAUGAUGAUUCUUCUAAGGAACAACGAAAAGGUUUCAAAUUUACAUGUAAAGUUUGUUCAAAGCAAUUUACUUAUCAAAAGUCCUUUAUAACGCAUGCUAAAAGUCAUCCAGAGUAUAAGUUAGAAGAAUAUAAUUUACAAGAGUUGAAUGAUUCUUCUCGGUGUUCAACAAAAGAAAAAUCUGCAGAAAAUAUUGAGGAACAAGAAGAAGAAAAUGAAGAAGAAGAUGAGGAAGAGGACGAGGAAGAUGAGAACCUUCCCGCUGAAAGUCUACAAUGUACUCAAUGUGGAAAACUAUUUGCAACAAAGAAAAACCUUAAAAGACACAUUUCCACACAUAGUGGAUUAAAAUACACGUGCGAGACCUGCGGUAAAGGAUUUUCAAGGAUAGACAAAUUAAAAGAUCAUGAGCAAUCAAAACAUAAGUCUGAAAUAUUUGAAAAUUCUGAUUUGUCUGACAGAGAAGAUAUGGAUGACAUGAGUAGGGAAGAUUGCUUAGAAGAAAGAAAGAAAGACCGUUACAAUAGACCACAUAAAUGUGCAAUCUGUCCUAAAUCCUUCGCUCAAGCUCAGUCUUUAGCAAAUCACGUGGAACGUCAUAAACGCGUGAAAGAUACUCAGAAAAGGUUUCUUUGUGAGGUUUGCAGUAAAUGUUUUGCUCAAAGUGGUUCUCUUGUUGCCCAUAUGCGUACACAUACUGGAGUUAAGCCAUAUGUUUGUAAUGUGUGUAAUAGGGCCUUUACAAAGAGCACUUAUUUACAAUUGCAUCUACGUACACAUAGUGGAGAAAAACCAUAUAUUUGUCAAUACUGCAGUAGAGCUUUUGCGCGUGCAAAUACAUUAGCCCGACACAUUACGAUGCACACAGGAGAAGCGAAGUAUCACUGCCAGAUUUGUACAAAAUCAUUUAGAAGACUGACCUCAUUGAAUGAGCACACUUACACACACACUGGUCAACGACCGUAUGCGUGCAAAAUUUGUACAAAGAGAUAUAAUAAUGCGGGCUCGCUUUAUGCACAUAGAAAAAAAUGCAAAGCGCAACAGUUGUCUAAUACUGGAUUCGCAGUUUCCGUAGAGAAUUCAAUACCGCAUCAGGAUAUAAAUGUUCCACAAGUUUUGAUUUAUUCUCAAAGGAAGUUAGUGGAGGAUGCAACGGUUGGGCAGGUUACACCAACGCCUCAGUACAUGAUACCAAAUGUACACAAUCAAAAAAGUCUGGGAUCAAAUAUUAUUCAGCCAUUUACGGUGGAAGACCCGAAUGUUUAUUCAAUUAAUUCAAAGCAAUUUAAGAAUCCCUAUUAUGCAAUUUAUCCAAAUAUGUAAUAUAAUGUGCGCAGGAGAUGCAUUAAACUAUGCCGUUUAUAGA